GUCACACGAGACGUCAACAAAAAUAAAAUUCAAUCAAACAAAAUGGCGUACUAUGCUUUACAUUAUUGAAUAAGUCUAGAAAAUUGAGAAUUAAAUGGUGAUAAAAUUAUAAGAAUAUAAUAAUUUAUUAUAAUAAAACUGCAAUCAAGUGAACAUUCAUUUAGGUCAAAUAUAAGUUUAGUUUCUAGUGAAUUGUACGAAGUAAUGUUAGUGUAAAUAAUAAAUGCAUUUAUUCGGCGUGGUGAAUAGGUGAUAUAACUAAUUAUGACGCAGUUUCUACCGCCCAAUCUGCUCGCGCUCUUCGCAGCGCGGGACCCCAUACCUUACUUGCCACCCGCGGCGAAGCUUCCUCACGAGAAGAAACAGAAAGGGUACGAUGGCGUCGGCUCCUUCCUCCAUAUUUUUGAGCACCCAUCAGAGACUCCACCUCCGACCAGAGUGGAGACGAGGGAAGAGCGGCUGGAGAGGAGACGGAGGGAGAGAGCGGAGCAGACUGCGUACAAGCUGGAGCAGGAGAUAGCCAUGUGGGACCCCACCAGCAAUGUGCCAGUAACGGGGGACCCUUUCAAGACACUGUUUGUCGCUAGAGUUAACUAUGACACAUCAGAGUCCAAGCUCAGGAGAGAGUUUGAAACAUAUGGACCUAUUAAAAAAAUAUACAUGGUGUUUAACAAAGACAACGCCAAGCCGCGCGGGUAUGCCUUCAUAGAGUACGAGCACGAGAGAGACAUGCACUCGGCGUACAAGCACGCCGACGGCAAGAAGAUCGACGGCAAGCGCGUGCUGGUGGACGUCGAGCGCGCCCGGACGGUCAAGGGCUGGCUGCCGAGACGACUCGGCGGCGGGCUGGGCGGCACGCGGCGCGGCGGCGCCGACGUCAACAUCAAGCACUCGGGGCGCGAGGACAACGAGCGCGAGCGCGAGCGGUACCGCCUCGAGCAGCGCGACCGGGACCGCGACGAGCGGCGCGACCGUGGUCGCCGCCGCAGCCGCUCGCGCUCGCGCAAGCGCUCGGCGUCACGCUCGCGGCGCCGCGAGCGGGAGCGCGAGCGCGCCGAGCGACCCGAGCGGCCCGAGCGGAACUCGGACCGGGACAAGCGGGACGACGACGCGGAGAGGCCGCGUCGCCGACGCUCGCGGUCGCGCUCGGAGCGGCGCCGCGACCGCCGCGAGCGGGACAAGGAGCGGGACAAGGAUCGGGACAAGGAGCGGGACAAGCGGCGCCGGCGGGACAAGGAGCGCAAGGAGCCCAAGGUCAAGCCGGAGGACAUCAAGAUCAAGGAGGAGCCGCAGGACGAUUACCCCGAGUUCAACAUUGCACCCCUGGACGUCCACAUCAAGCAGGAGCCGGAGGACGACAACAAAUACAACCCCGAGGAGGCCAACGGGGAUGACUACAACUACUGAAACUCCUACACAUUGCAAUACGCGUACAGGAUAUAUAUCGUUUACUGUGACUUGUCGGACUGUCAAAAAUGAAGGUAGACAUGAAACAAUUUUGUCUGGCUCGAAGGACCAUAAAUACAAUUUUACUGUAUUUGUUUUAUUGUCCAAGCUAAUAACUUAUAGACCUUGUUGACCGUAUGGCAAAUAUUCAUUCCAUCACAACGAAAAAGAGAGCUAUUGCUAUGCUUACUUACAAUAAUGACGGUCUACCCUCAUUUUUGUAUGAAAUUGAUUUUAUCCAAAUUGAAGAACCAAAAUAGUUUCACUUAAUAUGCUACUGGCCUGCUGUACAAAACUAAGAAGAUUUUUUGCAUGAGGAAGUUUAGAUGCCUAGAAACUCUAAUCACAUUUUUAUUUGUGACAAUAAUCUCGUAAUUGUAAUAUUUUUAUAAAACAAAAUUGUAUUUUGAUCACGUCACCGCAAACGCCAAUCAUAAACUGUGACGUCAUUCGCUACAAGGCAUCGGUUUGUGAUUGGCGCUUGUGGUGACGUGUAUAAUCACAUCACUGCAAACGCCAAUCACGCUGUUAUCUCUAUGAAUGACGUCACUUGCCAAUGUUAUUUUUUCAUUUAUAUUAAAUUUUUUACUGGUUAUUAUUGACGGGACAAAAUAAAAUAUAGCUUAAAAUGCUUCCAUUAUUCAGUUUAAACACUGUUUACAAAAGAGGCAAGUAGCCUAUUAUGCAGACAAAGAUUUUAUACUAUUAGAUAUAUCAUUAGCACGUCGAAACAUUUAGUCGCAUAGGAAACAAUGAAGGCUAUUUAAACAAAUAAUAGCUAAAUAUCGUCUACAAUGUCAGGAAGUGUAAAAACUAUAUAUUUUACAUAAAAAUAUAACGGAAUUAAACACGGAAUUGUACAUGUGUGCACUCAGUGGAGUAAGUCAGUAAAUGCUGAUUUAUUUUUGCGGUUAUUUUGUAGGCACGUAACAUAUCUAUAGCAUAAAAUCUUACACGGUUUUAUUUUUGUUUCACAAACUCACAAUAAACCAAAUUAGAACAAACACGAUUAAAUAAUUACUUGAAAGUCCGGCCGCUCAGAGAUUGCUUUUCUGACAGGUCGUGAUUGAAAGGGAAACAUUAAAUUAUAAUUGCUUCGAUUUUCUCUCAUCACUACAAAGACAAACAAUUGGCAUAACCUUGAAACAGCGCAGUCCAACGACCUGUCAGAAACGCAAUUUCUGAGCGGCCGGACUUUACCAUAUUUACUCGUUUCUCUUUCUAUAUAAUUGCAGCAGCUGGUCUUUCAACUUCUAUACAAGGACAAAUGUGGUUCCUCGAGACUUGCAAUAAGACACUUAAGUAUAUCCUGUGUUGAAUAGAAUAAGGUAUUAAUUUUAAUGAUCUAUAAAUUAAAAAAACACUUGAAUGGA